AUGAAAAACAUCAAGCAGUCUUUUCACCGUCACGGUCGAGCAGGCAGUUAUCACUACAACCAGCAGAGAGAGAUGCCGCAGCCCGCCAACGGCAGGCUCCAUGAUGAGCACACCCCGCUCAUCGGCCGCACUCAGAACUACGAGGACGAGUCGCGCGUCAAGACUAUCCCCAAGCACGUCUUGCAUCUCAUCUAUGCGACACUCGCAAGCAACUAUGUCAACGUCUUCCUCAUCUUUGUACCGCUCGGCAUCAUCGCCGGCGCAUUGCACUGGAACCCAACCGUCGUCUUCGUCCUCAACUUCAUCGCCAUCAUCCCUCUUGCAGCACUCUUGAGUUUUGCGACCGAGGAGCUCUCCGCUAAGCUUGGCCAAACUCUGGGAGGGUUGAUGAACGCGACCUUUGGAAAUGCCGUCGAACUUAUUGUCUCCAUCGUUGCGCUCAAGCAGGGCGAAAUCAGAAUCGUCCAAGCCAGUAUGCUGGGCAGUAUCCUGUCCAACAUCCUUCUCGUGCUCGGAUGCUGCUUCCUUGCUGCCGGCCUCACCCAGCACGAAAGCCGUUUCAACGAGACCGUCGCAUCUACCAUGUCUUCCCUCAUGGCCGUCGCAUCCGCCUCGCUUAUCGUCCCUGCUACCCUCUACGCAGUCAUGCACGGUGACAACAAGAAGGACAACCUCGAGACUGACAAGAACAUUCUUGUUCUCUCCCACGGCACUGCCAUCAUCCUGCUCAUUCUCUACAUCCUAUACCUCUACUUCCAGCUCUACUCGCACCACAGCCUCUUCGCCGACGUCGAGAACCAAGAAGGUGGCGACAACGAGGAGGAAGCUCAGAUCCUGUCGCCCGUCGCUGCCGGUGUCGCAUUGGUCGUUGUCACCGUCCUCGUCGCCAUCUGCGCCGAAUUCCUUGUCGACAGCAUCGACUCCAUUGUCGAAUCCGCACACAUCAGCAAAACAUUUGUCGGUCUGGUCCUGAUCCCUAUUGUCGGAAAUGCUGCCGAGCACGUCACCGCCGUCAUCGUCGCAUACAAGGGCAAGAUGGACCUCGCUAUCAACGUCGCCAUCGGAUCUUCCCUGCAGAUCGCGCUCUUCGUCACUCCCUUCCUCGUCAUCCUCGGCUGGAUCAUGGGACAACCCAUGACUCUCCACUUCCAGGGCUUCGAGACUAUGAUCUUCUUCAUCUCCGUGUUGAUUGUCAACUACUUGAUCCAGGACGGAAAGAGCAACUACCUCGAGGGCGCCAUGUGCAUUGGUAUCUACGCUAUCAUUGCGCUCGCGUUUUACAUCUACCCUGACAAUGCGGCUGGUGACAUCACCGUCGAUGUUGUCAAGCGUUUCUUCGCCGUCAACUAA